GGGCAUGCUCAGUGGGCCAGGCCGGCAGGUUUGCGUGGCCGCCCGCAGUUGCCGGCGCCGGCUCAGCCCGCCGCCGCCGCGUCCCUGCCCCGGGGCUGGUUCCAGGGAAGUUAGGUGUGGAAGACGGCUUCGGAGGAGCCAGCGGGCGCGCUGCGGGCACGGCCGGAAGCCCCCGGUGCUGCCGAGGGGCGAGCGGGCGGGGCCGACGUGGCCGAGCUGCGAGAGCUUCGGGAGGCCGAGCCGGUGGCCGCACUCGCAGGGAGGCGCCGGCCGGGCGCGCCCCGUGGAGAAGACCCGGGCGGGGCGGGCGGGCGUUCCCCGGACUUUUGUCCGAGUUGAGUCCCCUCCCCGUGGGCCGGGCCUGUCCGGCCGCCCCCGCCCCCAGCCCCGCUCGCUCCCGGGAGAUGUUUGUCCGGGCUGUGGCGUGAGGAGCCGGCGGGCUGGUGGCGCGGAGUUUCGGGUCCGAGGAGCCUCGCGCGGCGCUGGGGAGAGACAAGAUGUCCGCCAGAGCCGCGGCCGCUAAGAACACAGCAAUGGAGGAAACUGCUAUAUGGGAACAACACACAGUGACGCUUCACAGGGCUCCUGGAUUUGGAUUUGGAAUUGCAAUAUCUGGUGGAAGAGAUAAUCCUCAUUUUCAGAGUGGGGAAACAUCAAUAGUGAUUUCAGACGUGCUGAAAGGAGGACCAGCCGAAGGACAGCUGCAAGAAAAUGACCGCGUUGCAAUGGUUAAUGGAGUUUCAAUGGAUAAUGUUGAACAUGCUUUUGCUGUUCAACAACUAAGGAAAAGUGGGAAGAAUGCAAAAAUUACCAUCCGAAGGAAGAAGAAAGUUCAGAUUCCAGUAAGUCGCCCUGACCCUGAGCCAGUGUCCGAGAAUGAAGAAGAUAGUUACGAUGAGGACGUCCACGACUCAAGAAGGGGCCAUGGGAGUCUGGCUCCUCGGAGGAGUGAGAAGAGCUGGGCGAGGGACAGGAGCGCGAGUCGGGAGAGGAGUUUGUCCCCGCGCUCCGACAGGCGCUCUGUGGCCUCCAGUCAGCCCGCCAAGCCCACCAAAGUCACUCUGGUCAAAUCCCGGAAAAAUGAAGAAUAUGGUCUUCGAUUGGCCAGCCAUAUAUUUGUAAAGGAAAUUUCACAAGAUAGUUUGGCAGCAAGAGAUGGCAAUAUUCAAGAAGGUGACGUUGUAUUGAAGAUAAAUGGUACCGUGACAGAAAAUAUGUCAUUGACAGAUGCAAAGACAUUGAUAGAAAGGUCCAAAGGCAAGUUAAAAAUGGUGGUUCAGAGAGACGAGCGGGCUACCCUGCUGAACGUUCCUGAUCUUUCUGACAGCAUCCAUUCCGCGAAUGCCUCUGAGAGAGACGACAUUUCAGAAAUCCAAUCCCUGGCAUCAGAUCAUUCGGGUCCAUCCCACGAAAGGCCUCCCCGCCACAGCCGGUCGCGGUCUCCUGACCAACGGUCAGAGCCUUCUGAUCAUUCCAGACACUCUCCCCAGCGGCCCAGCAGUGGCAGUCUCCGGAGUAGAGAGGAAGAGAGAGUUUCUAAGCCUGGGGCUGUCUCAACUCCUGUAAAGCAUGCUGAGGACCACCCACCUAAGACCGUGGAAGAAGUGACAGUGGAAAGAAGUGAGAAGCAAGCACCCACUCUUCCAGAACCAAAGCCUGUGUAUGCUCAAGUUGGGCAGCCAGAUGUGGACUUACCUGUCAGUCCAUCUGAUGGUGUCCUCCCUAAUUCAACUCCUGAAGAUGGCAUUCUUCGGCCCAGCAUGAAAUUGGUAAAAUUCAGAAAAGGAGAUAGUGUGGGUUUGCGGCUGGCUGGUGGAAAUGAUGUCGGAAUAUUUGUAGCUGGCGUUCUAGAAGACAGCCCUGCAGCCAAAGAAGGCCUAGAAGAGGGCGACCAAAUUCUCAGGGUAAACAAUGUAGACUUCACAAAUAUCAUACGAGAAGAAGCCGUCCUUUUCCUGCUCGACCUCCCCAAAGGAGAAGAGGUGACCAUAUUGGCCCAGAAGAAGAAGGAUGUUUAUCGUCGCAUCGUAGAAUCAGAUGUAGGCGAUUCUUUCUAUAUUAGAACCCAUUUUGAAUAUGAAAAGGAAUCUCCAUAUGGACUUAGUUUUAACAAAGGAGAGGUGUUCCGUGUCGUGGAUACCUUGUACAAUGGAAAACUGGGCUCUUGGCUUGCUAUUCGAAUUGGCAAAAAUCAUAAGGAGGUAGAACGAGGCAUCAUCCCUAAUAAGAACAGAGCUGAGCAGUUAGCCAGUGUACAGUACACACUUCCAAAAACAGCAGGAGGAGACCGAGCCGACUUCUGGAGAUUCCGAGGUCUUCGCAGCUCCAAGAGAAACCUUCGAAAAAGCAGAGAGGAUUUGUCCGCUCAGCCAGUUCAAACAAAGUUUCCAGCGUAUGAAAGAGUCGUUCUUCGAGAAGCUGGCUUUCUGAGACCUGUCACUAUCUUCGGACCAAUAGCUGAUGUUGCCAGAGAAAAGCUGGCAAGAGAAGAACCAGAUAUCUAUCAGAUUGCAAAAAGUGAACCACGAGAUGCUGGGACGGACCAACGCAGCUCUGGCAUUAUUCGCCUGCACACAAUAAAGCAAAUAAUAGAUCAGGACAAACACGCUUUAUUAGAUGUAACACCAAAUGCAGUGGAUCGCCUGAACUACGCCCAGUGGUACCCAAUUGUAGUGUUCCUUAACCCGGACUCGAAGCAAGGUGUGAAAACCAUGAGAAUGAGGCUAUGUCCAGAGUCUCGGAAAAGUGCCAGGAAAUUAUACGAGCGGUCUCACAAACUUCGGAAAAAUAAUCACCAUCUUUUUACAACUACAAUUAACUUAAAUUCAAUGAAUGAUGGUUGGUAUGGUGCAUUGAAAGAAGCAAUUCAACAGCAACAGAACCAGUUGGUGUGGGUUUCUGAGGGAAAGGCGGACGGUGCUACAAGUGACGACCUUGAUUUGCAUGAUGAUCGUCUGUCCUACCUGUCAGCCCCAGGUAGUGAGUACUCACUGUAUAGCACGGACAGUAGACACACUUCUGACUACGAAGACACAGACACAGAAGGCGGGGCCUACACUGAUCAAGAACUAGAUGAAACUCUUAAUGAUGAGGUUGGGACUCCGCCGGAGUCUGCCAUUACUCGGUCCUCUGAGCCUGUCAGAGAGGACUCCUCGGGGAUGCAGCACGAGAGCCAAACAUACCCUCCUUUCUCAGCACAAGCGCAGCCACAGCCAGUUCAUAGACUAGACUCCCCCGGAUUUAAAACAGCCUCUCAACAGAAAGCAGAAGCCUCAUCUCCAGCCCCUUCCCUUUCGCCUGAAACCACCCCAGCACCAUCAGCCUCUGCCGUUCCUCAUAACGUAGAUUGCACUCAUGUCAGACUGGGGGGGCCCCCCCCAGCUCCUCCCGCCUCUCCCUCGCCACAAGCUGGCCCUUUAAGAACACCAGGUGCCGAGGCAGCUCACUUAAUGCUAAGAGACCGAGAAGCUUCGUUGUCGUCGCAUGUAGACCCACCACAGGUGUAUAGGAAGGACCCCUAUCAUGAGGAAAUGGUGAGGCAGAACCCGGUUUUGAAGCAGCCGCCUGGUGGGCACCCGGGGCAGAGGCCAGACAAGGAGCCUCACCUGAGCUACGAGCCCCAGCCGCAGUACAUGGAGAAACAAGCCAGCAGAGACCUCGAGCAGCCCCCAUAUAGAUACGACUCCUCCAGCUAUGCAGACCAGUUCUCCCGAAACUUCGAGCAGCGUCUGCGCUACGAAGAGCGCAUCCCCGCGUACGAGGAGCACUGGGCGUGCUACGAGGAGAAACAGCCCUACCAGCCCCGGCCUGCCUUUGAGAAUCAGCACUCUCGGGACCUCGACCCCAGGCAGCAUCCCGAAGAGGCCUCCGAACGAGGCUAUUUCCCACGGUUUGAAGAGCCAGCCCCUCUGUCCUACGACAGCAGACCGCGCUAUGAGCAGCCUCCUCGGACCUCCACCCUCCGGCACGAAGAGCCCCCUGCGCCCAGCUAUGAGGUGCAUGCCAGAUACAGAGCCGAGGCCCAGCCCUACUCUGCCGCAGGCCCGAAGCCCUCGGAGCCCAAGCAGUACUGUGAGCAGUACCCUCGAGGGUACGAGUCGGUGCCGUCCCAGGGCGCUGCCCCCGUCCCUCCCCUCAUACCUGCCUCUCAGCACAAGCCGGAAGUUCUGCCUCCAGCCACCAAACCUCUGCCUCCACCCCCACCUCUGACUGAAGAGGAGGAAGAUCCAGCCAUGAAGCCACAGUCUGUGCUCACUAGGGUGAAAAUGUUUGAAAACAAAAGAUCUGCGUCCCUGGAGAACAAGAAGGACGAAAACCACACUGCUGGCUUUAAGCCUCCAGAGGUAGCAUCGAAACCUCCAGGUGCUCCCGUCGUUGGUCCCAAAGCCACUUCUCAGAAUCAGUUCAGUGAACACGACAAAACACUGUACAGGAUCGCAGAGCCUCAGAAACCUCAGCCGAAGCCCCCUGAAGACAUUGUUCGUGCAAAUCAUUACGAUCCUGAGGAAGAUGAAGAAUAUUACCGAAAACAGCUCUCAUACUUUGAUCGGAGAAGUUUCGAGAGCAAGCCUUCUGCACACAUUGCUGCUGGCCACCUCCCAGAGCCUGCCAAGCCAGCCCAUGUUCAGAACCAAGCCGGUUUUUCUAGUUAUUCUUCCAAGGGAAAGUCCACUGACGCUGAUGCAUUUGGCGACAAACGCUAUGACCCGGUCCAGGCCACACCCCCGCCGCCUCCACUGCCCACCCAGUACACCCAGCCUUCUCAGCCCAUGUCCAGCUCGUCCCUCGGCCUCCACACACAUGCCAAGGGAGCACACAGUGAAGGUAACUCAGUGUCACUGGAUUUUCAGAAUUCUUUAGUGUCCAAACCAGAGCCACCUCCAUCUCAACACAAGCCAGCAACUUUCAGACCACCGAACCGAGAAGACCCUGCUCAGUGCACUUUCUACCCCCAGAAAAGCUUCCCAGAUAAAGGUCCAGUGAAUGGGACCGAGCAGACUCUGAAAACGGUCACGCCCGCCUACAAUCGCUUCACCCCAAAACCGUACACAAGCUCUGCUCGGCCCUUUGAACGCAAGUUUGAAAGUCCUAAAUUCAGUCACAACCUUCUGCCAAGUGAGACCGCACACAAACCUGACUUGUCUUCAAAGAUCCCUGCUUCUCCAAAAAGUCUCCUGAAAGCACACGGCUCGGCCCAGCCUCCCGAGGCCGACAGCGGCGUGGACGCCUUCUCCCUCCAUGCGGACAGGCCCAAGUAUCAGAUUAACAAUGUCGGCACACUGUCCAAAGCUGUGCCCGUGAGCCCCUCAGCUGUGGAAGAAGAUGACGACGAGGACGGUCACACUGUGGUGGCCACGGCCCGAGGCGUGUUUAACAGCAACGGUGGGGUGUUGAGUUCCAUAGAGACGGGCGUUAGCAUAAUCAUCCCACAGGGAGCCGUUCCCGAGGGGACCGAGCAGGAAAUCUACUUCAAGGUCUGUCGGGACAACAGCAUCCUCCCGCCCUUAGACAAGGAGAAAGGUGAGACACUGCUGAGCCCCCUGGUGAUGUGCGGGCCCCAUGGCCUCAAGUUCCUGAAGCCCGUGGAGCUGCGCCUGCCACACUGUGCGUCCAUGACUCCUGACGGUUGGUCUUUUGCUCUAAAAUCAUCCGACUCCUCGUCGGGUGAUCCUAAAACCUGGCAAAACAAGUGUCUUCCUGGAGAUCCAAAUUACCUUGUUGGAGCAAACUGUGUUUCUGUCCUGAUUGACCACUUUUAAUUCUGAAAAUGUAGGAACCUGAUUAAAUAAUGUGAACCUGGGUUAAACUUACUAAAUCUCAGUGGCACCACUCUAGCAAGUGUUACACUUUUCUUAGAGUUGAUACUGCAUUUGUUAGGAUUAAAUAUCUUGUUUGAACUGUUGAAAGUUAGCACACACCUGAACCGCACUCAGAAGACGUGCUGCCAGCUGCGUGCUUGUGCAGAGACGACUGGUGGCAUUGGCUAGAGGUUCAAAGACGUUUCGUUUCGUAACGAUUAUUGUACUUUUUUUUACAGUCACUGCUUAACUUCACAUAUUGAUUUCCGUUAAAAUACCAGCCAGUAAAGGGGGGUGCGUUUGAGUUUUAGUGUUUCAAAAGUGCACUGUUUCAGACUUUUGUAGCCCUGGCCUGGCAUACACAUUUAUUUUAGUAUGCAUGAGGUAAUGUGCACACAUUUGAAAAUGCACCUGGACUAUAUAACCAAUGUAGUGGAUAUAACAGAAGUGUACAGCAAGGGGGGACUUUUAUAGCUGUGGGGGGUCAAGUGAAGACAAUUACUGAUUGUAUAUGAGAACACUUUUUUUUUAGGGAAGGACUCCAAAACAUGUGAGACUGCUUCCGUGGCCUCUGGAUCUCUAAAUUAACCACAUCACCACAGACAUACUAACCAGCAGCAAUGCCUUACCCUCGUGUUUUUAAUUCUUAGAUCAUUUUCUCUGUGUAUUACUGAGCUUUUACGGCUUUUGUGCGCAUCUAGAUACUGAAUCAUGAAAGAGACAGAGUAAAUUGUGGAUUUGGCGGUUUCAGAAAUGUACUAUCACCCAGAAGAAAAUAAUGGUGUGAUUUGGGGAUUUUUUUUUUCAUCUUCUUCUUCUUUUUUUGUUUUUUUUUUUUUUG